AUGGCAUUUCUACGGUCCACAGCAACAACAACUAGCUUUGCCGUAGCGGCAGCAUCUGCUUUACCUGCAGCUUUCAUCUUCACCGGCCCUUCUUCAUCUUCCCUCCCUUUUCAUUUCCCUCAAUCCUUCAAACCCAUUUCCCUUUCUUUAUAUUCCCCUCCAUUCCCAACUUCAAAUUCCUUCGGAUUCGUCAGAAACUUUGCCCCUCCUCCCUCUGCUGUUCGUAUGGAAACACCCACUUCGGAAUCAAUCUCUUCCUCUCAGAACAAUGUUGAUCUGCCUGAACUUUUGACCGAGUAUAUGGUGGAUAUGAAAUGUGAGGGCUGCGUUAAUGCCGUCAAGAACAAAUUACAGGGUGUUGAUGGUGUAAAGAGUGUAGAUGUGGACUUGAGUAAUCAAGUGGUUAGGAUAUUGGGUGCAACGCCUGUGAAGAUAAUGACAGAAGCUCUGGAGCAGACAGGUCGAAAAGCUCGGUUAAUUGGGCAAGGGGUUCCCGAGGAUUUCCUAAUUUCUGCUGCUGUUGCUGAAUUUAAAGGCCCAAAUAUAUUUGGUGUGGUUAGAUUGGCUCAGGUAAAUAUGGAAUUGGCCAGGGUUGAGGCCAAUUUUAGUGGAUUAUCACCUGGAAAACAUGGUUGGUCAAUCAAUGAAUUUGGUGAUCUGACAAAAGGUGCUGCUAGCACAGGAAAAAUCUUUGGCUCUGCAGAUUCUGACCCUAGCAAUGAGCCUCUGGGUGACCUGGGAACAUUAGAUGUUAAUGAAAAGGGUGAAGCCUUUUUCUCUGGCAUCAAACAGAAGCUGCGAGUUUCUGACCUUAUUGGACGGUCAAUAGCUGUGUAUGAGACCGAAGACAAGUCGGUGCCAGGCAUUGCAGCAGCAGUAGUUGCUCGAAGUGCCGGUGUUGGAGAAAACUACAAGCAGCUAUGCACCUGUGAUGGGACUACCAUAUGGGAAGCAAGUGACAGGGAUUUUGUCACCAGCAAAGUCUAA